AUGCAAGUAUGCCUCUUUCUCGUUACGACCACGGUUGUCGCUCUCAACUCGCUGUAUUUCAAGCGGAUGCUCAACUGCUACCGCAACAUUGGAGGCUUUGAGCAGCAUGACUACUCGGUUUUCGUGUCCGUCUUCGACAUCCUGCUUUGGGCACUCUUCAUGUCCGCCGUCGCGCGUGCCACAGGUGCCAGACCGUUGCAGCUGGCUGCGUUCCCUCGUCGGGCCUUGCUCCGUGUGGCCGCCGUGGACCAGCUAGGAACUCUCUUGGCCAGUGUGGGUGCGACUCACCUUGCCGGCCAGGUUCAGGUGCUGAUGAACCAGUCUGUGCUGCCGCUGACCAUACUCCUGUCUUUGCUGCUUGGCCGACGCUUUUCAUCAGGGCAGCUCCUUGGUGCGGGGGUAGUUCUUGCCGGCGCCGUCUCGGCCGUGCAGCUCAAUGGCGCGGCUGUGUCGGCUUCACAGCUACUCCUACGAAGCCUCUUCAUAUUUUCGGCCGCACAGGUGGCUGUGGCAUCUGCCACCCUUCUCAAGGAGGCGCUCUUGCAAAGGCCCGCAACAAGCCAGCGCACAAACGAGUUCGAUGAGGCGAUCUCACUGGGCGUAGCGAUCGCUUGGAGGCGAGUGCCUAUGGGCAUUGCCCUAGCGCUUCUCGUUCCGCUGAGGGUGCAGUCACACAGCCGAGGCUUGUGGGCAGACCUCCGUGAUGGGUUCCUCUGCUUCUGUGGACAGCAGCCUCGCUUUGGAGACCUCGGCUGCCCUGCUGCCGCCGGGACGACCUUCAUGAGCGUCGGCUUCUACUCUCUGCAGACCUUCCUUUGCCUGAGGCUCACGCAACAGGCCGGCGCCACCAUCCGCAGCAUUGCAGCGGUGACAGCCCUUCCGCUCGCCCAGCUGCUUUUUGCGCAUUUUUCAGGUUCCGAAUCCGAAGGAGAGGAGCUCGGCACAAGGUCAUUGAUGGGGCUGGUCCUUUGCCUCGGCGGCUUUGCCAUCUACACCUCUGCGGAGAAGAGGAAGGACGGGGCGCCCCAGCCUAGUGGCCUUGAGGAGCUGGAGGAGCGUCUACGAAAGCUGGAGCUGGAUGUGCAGAGCGAUCUCCCAAAGCCGGCAGCAGAAGACGAGGGCACCAAGAUCCUCCAAGCGGCGGACAACCUCGCCCUUUCGGGCGACGAGCGCAGUCGCAGAAGAGCCUUGGUUCAGAAUGUCAACCGUCUGCUGGACUCGAUUCCGGAGGCAUCGUCCGGCAGCCGACCUUGA